GGAGGAGUCUCCCUCGCAGACGCGCUGGCCGACCUGGUGUUUCUGACCCCGCGGUGUUCACUGCGCAGGAGAGUCCUUUGCAGCAGAGAGUGACUCGGAAGGCGGGCGAGCCCGGUCCCUGGGUUGAGUCUGGUGUUUCCGAGGCCCUCGGCCAGUACACCGGAGCCCGGGCCUUUCUGUGUUGUGCGGUUUACUCUUGUCUUCAGGCUGCCGCCUUUCCUCGUUUUUAAAUAGUCAUCGAUGCCUGUGAGAUCGCAGUAAAUAGAAGCUCCCGAUCCUGUCCCUAGGAAUUUGCAUUACUUGCAGCUGAAGGACGCAGUGACAGCGAGGGUUCGGGGUGCUCUGAAGCCCACCGCAGGCCUCGGGGGUAUGUGAACCCCGAGGUAACUGGUUUACAGGUCGACCUGCUGGGAAGCCGAGGCUUUGGGGUCAGACUUGGGUUUGAAUUUGGCUCCGUUGUUCACCACUGUUGAUUGGGUCUGAGGUUACCUGAGCAGUUUGAACCUCAGGUGUGUGCGUUUUUACUCAGAAGGAGGCAUUUUGCUAAUUACAGGGGAGCUAAUGCUGACCUGAGAGGUGGGGAUUGAGUGGAGGGAGCCCAGAAGGCGCUCGCUUUCAUAGGUUCACAGUCCUCCUUUUUCUAGGAACUUGGCUCAGAGAACAAGCUCAUCUACUGUAGGCCUGGCCUGGGUUGCUGCCUUUGAAACUCGGAACGACAUCAGCCACAGCACCGCAUGGAAUUUCCAGAAAGUUCUUAUUUAGAAACAUCAUAGAGAACAAGAGCCACCUGGACUGGUGCGAGGGAGCUUGCACCGGCCUGCGUCUGAGGGAGAGGAUGACGUGUGCCCAGCCUGUAACGAACGCGAGGGAGGCCAAGUGGCAGAAGGUCCUGUAUGAGCGCCAGCCCUUUCCUGAUAACUACGUGGACCGGCGUUUCCUGGAGGAGCUCCGGAAGAACAUCUACGCCCGGAAAUACCAGUACUGGGCUGUGGUAUUCGAGUCCAGCGUGGUGGUCCAGCAACUGUGUAGUGUCUGCGUUUUCGUCGUUAUCUGGUGGUAUUUGGAUGAGGGUCUUCUGGCCCCCCAGUGGCUUUUUGGGACAGGGCUGGCUUCUUCACUGAUUGGCUACAUUUUGUUUGAUCUCAUCGACGGAGGUGAAGGACGGAAGAAGAGCGGGAGGACGCGGUGGGCUGACCUGAAGAGCGCCCUCGUUUUCAUUACUUUCACAUACGGUUUCUCGCCAGUGCUAAAGACCCUGACGGAGUCCAUCAGCACUGACACCAUCUAUGCCAUGUCAGUCUUCAUGCUCUUAGGCCACCUCAUUUUCUUCGACUAUGGUGCCAAUGCUGCCAUCGUAUCCAGCACCCUGUCCUUGAACAUGGCCAUCUUCGCUUCCGUCUGCCUCGCGUCACGCCUGCCCCGGUCCCUGCAUGCCUUCAUCAUGGUGACGUUUGCCAUCCAGAUUUUUGCCCUGUGGCCCAUGUUACAGAAGAAACUGAAGGCGUGUACUCCCCGCAGCUAUGUGGGAGUGACGCUGCUUUUUGCGUUUUCAGCCUUGGGAGGCCUCCUGUCCAUCAGUGCUGUGGGAGCCAUCCUCUUCGCCCUUCUGCUGGUUUCCAUCUCUUGUCUCUGCCCUUUGUACCUCAUUCGCCUGCAGGUUUUCAAAGAAAACAUUCAUGGGCCUUGGGAUGAGGCUGAAAUCAAAGAAGACUUAUCCCGGUUUCUCAGCUAAGUUAGAGACUCGCAUUCUGUUAGGAAGGCAGGCUGCUAGACUGGCCUCCCACCUAGUGUAGGAUUUGAAGGCAGAGUCCCAUUGUGGAUGCAACGUACCGAUGCGGGUCGGGGAGCGGAGAUCAAAAGAAGAACCUGUAACCAAAGGCGUGGGUGGUGAAGGUGCUUGUCCCUUCUGUUAUUUUGUGGAUGAAGAAGCUUCCUGGGGCCUUCUUGAAUUCUUGCCUCUCACUCACUGUAACAAAUGAAGUCAUGUCGUUUCUAUUUAUUGAAAAAAAAAAAAUAAUACACCCAUUAA